CCUUCCGUUUAGUUUUGUUUACUUUCUUGGUGGACACGUGGUCGGUGAUUUUUCAUCAUUAGGCCGGUUAUUUCUCUCGUAACUCAUUGGCAUGCUUUUUUAAAGUUGUAAGAUGCAAAAAAGCACUCUUUUAGAAUUGACGGGCCCGGAGCUUUCAGAGAUAUGCAAACUGUUGGGAGAGGAGAACUACGUUACGUUCAUGGUGGACUUGAUCUCGUCCCUCCAGCAGAAGGAUUUCGUAGAACAGGAGAUCACGAAGAAGUUCAAAGUGGUCAACUAUCUCAUCCAGAACGACGCCUCUGUCUCCGAGACGAAGAUCGUCUGUUUCGAGAACAUCCUGGAUCUGAGUCUUCAGUUCGUGUACGACAACGUCGACCACGACUACCUGGGUCGUUUUUCACUCCUGCUCACCUAUUUCGUCGAUUACACCAUAAAAUUCACAAGUGCCAAGAUGGAAACCGCCGUCAACAAUUUCGUCAAGUACAUUUUCAAAGGGUUCGACGAAAGUCCUAAAGAUUUCAACCUGAUCGUCUUAGGGACUGCGAUUAACUUUUCUCUGGCCGUGUGCGACCUGAAGCUGAACGUCCUGCCCAGGCUCGAACUUAGGGAAAUCGGACACUCGAUCAGGCUGCUCGAACCGUACCAGAAUUUUGAAACUCUCUACCUGGCCGAUAGAAUUUUAAAUUUAGUCUUUGAACUGCCUUCGGUCAUCUUGAAACAAUGCUUGAAGCUGUUCGGCCAGAUCAUAUUGCUCGAACAGGACAGCACUCUGCUCAAAAAAUUAUGGCUUAAAGUCGAAUCGAAGUUGUCGAGAGGGUCCGAGGAGGAGAUCUUGCGCGGCCUGGCUGUCAUAUGCUACCUAGGAGAUAACUACAUAUCCGUGCAGAACACCGUAACGUCAUACAUGCUCUACAACGAGACUUCAUUCUGGAAAAUCGUGCAAAUAUCAAUAUCCAAAGACAACCGCAUGAUAAGAAAAAUGGCCCUGUACAUCCUGAAACGUUACAUAUACGAACUUGAGACUUUACAAGAAUGCGUGCAAACAGAGUUGUUUUGGUUUGACGGUAAAUGUAGAAACUCUGUUGAGACAUUUCAUACGCUGUUCAUCGUUAUUGAAAUCCUCGAGGGCACACAAGUUCACAUCGUUUCUCAGAUAUUUCAAGAAUUGGAUAAAUUGAUUUUUUCCUCUUUUAAAUCAAAUCUUCUUCACCCUACUUGGCUUUCUUGUGUUUUUAUUAGAUUCUUUCAUCAAGAUUCAAUCGUUAUUUUAAGAAAUGCUAUUAAACAGUUUGCCUCUGUCGAUCCCAUGCUCUGGACUAAAGACUACAAUUAUAAAUCCUUAUAUUUGAAUUUUUUCAAAUCGAUUAAUAAUAUGCUGCUUUUUUCAGUUUACGAGGAUUUCAAUUUGGAUGAAAUCCUUGAGAAAUGGUUUUGCAAAUCGGUGACAAUGCUCAGUGAUAUUUUACUCUCAAUCUCGUUAGUCAGUUGGAGCCCUAUUGCACUUUUUCAUGUGACGAAAGCCUUGUCGAAAACGCCUUCUGUGCAAGCAUGGGACGUGCUUACAUUAGACGUGCUGAAAAGUUUUAUAGUGCAAGCUCUAAGAACGCAAACCGUCAUUAUCCGCGGGGCCAUUCAGACACAUUUGUUGAAUUGUGUUAUGAAACUGACUUGCGAAAACGUCGAGUUGUUGCAAAUCGGCGAGGUGCUCAAUGUAUUUAAAAGCGAAGAGUGCCUGAGGCGCGGUACCAAAGAAUGGACCAACGUCGAACAGUGGAUGAAAUCGUUCAUAACGCAAAAACAAGCGGAUUUCUUUAUAAGCGGUUUCAUGGAAAAGUUUCUUUACGAAAGCGCCUCGCUUCAAAGCAUAUCUCGCGUCUUGCUGAUGUUGUCCGAAAUAGGUCUGUUCAACCCCAAAAACCCAACGCACAACCAAGCAGUACAUACGAUAUUCAACGCACUCGAAGAUUGCGACAAAAGGGCUUAUUCAGCCGUUGAAAAACAGAAUAUUUCCAUUAAACUUAUUUUUCACCUGUUAAACGAAGGGCAAACAGAUUUUUCCCCUCUGUUGAAAAUAAUCCAUGACAAUCUCGCUUAUGUUUUUCUAUUUAUUAAAUACAGAUUACAAACUGUGACAAACGUAAGGGACUUAAACGAUGUAAGCACUUAUGUAAAAGUGCUUAAAUUGAUCUUCGAGAAUCCAAAUUUGUUGGCUGUGUAUACUAAGGAAGCACAGGUUCUUUUAAACACUGCAUGUUCUGAAAUUCUCGCUGAAUUCAUAGGAGUAAUUCAAGAACACUUAUGUCUCAACAUAAUAAAUUUAUACUUCUCUUAUGUCACGACAAGCGAUUUAAAGCCUCCUGAUUUUACGAGAAUUUUCAGACCUAGGAUACUGAAAAGAACCCUUCUCAAAAAGCCUCCUGAGAUUCUCUUGACAGAGUUGAAAAUGAUCCAUAGCCAGAUUGUCGCUCUUAACGUCCAGCUCGCCUGGGACUGCUUGUCCCUGUACAUCAAAGAAUACGGCGUCGAGAAAAUAUACGAGAGCUUUUGUCUCAGCGCACUGAUGGAAGAAGCGCAGGAAGCGUUGAACACAGGUGGCAAAGAGUCUGUCGUCCCGAUCCUUAGCGUGUUCAACCAAAUCCUAAUAUUUUACAAAGACAUACAAAAGAUAUCGAACUUCAUCAACCUGACUUGGCAGACCUGUUUCGAAUUUAGAAAAACAGAACUUUUCUGGAAAGCGAUCAACCUUUGGAUCUCGAUGCUUUUCAACACUGAGCUCAUUAAAAAAAGCGACCUACAGCCUAUAAUAAAAAAUUUCGCCUUUAAUUUGCUGUCGCAAGGAAACGAUAUCUCCGGGCUGGCUAACGUCCUGUCUCGACACUUGCAUGCCUUCGAUGUCGGAGAAACGCCAGUGAUUUUUGAUGAUAUUUUUGUCGAGUGUCUUUUAUUUGGCUCUAUAAACAGAAGGGAUCAAAAAUUAGAAUUUGAAACUUGCAACUAUAUACAUUCUCAAGGCGAUGCUUAUGCUAUUAACAAACUUGCGCCUCAUAUUAUUGUCAAGUCCGAGCUUGAAGUCAGGCUGCAAGCGCUGAACAUCCUUUUUAAAAACUCCUCCCCAGAAAACAACAUAUUUAUUUUUAAAAUGGUCAAGAAUUUGAUACAAGAGGACAGGACUUGCAUGAAGAACAAUAAAAGGUACUUCAACGACUCUUUAGUCCACAGGCGGAAAAACAGAACGCUACAGGUUUUGCUCAUAAUACAACGGUACAUCGCCAAUCACCUGUUUGAGUUUGAUGGAUUUAACAUACAAUUCUUGUUGUAUGACUGGGCUGUAGAGGCUUUGCUAAGCGAGAGCCAGCAGCCGAGCAUUCGUUACCAGCUCGAAUUGCUUUUCAUCAACCUCUGCAUCGACUAUCCUCUCUUUAAAACAAAGUUUUGGAAUGUAUUUGACAAGGCAGGGGAUGAGCGAAUUGGCAGCCUUACAUCUUUCAUCUGCAUUGCCUUUCACCUCGCCAAGACCAAAAUUGACAACGAGUUUUUCGAAGAAUUAAUAAACUACGUACUUCCCUGCUGUAUGUCGCAAAAUUUCAAUUUACGGCUGUACGGACAGGUUGCAAUGGAAAAACUUUGGCCGUAUUACCCAGAAAUGGCUGAAAAAUACAAAAUACUGUACAAAAACCAGUGGAAAAUAUUUGCCCAGGGAAAUAUGCUGAUCAACGUCAAAAAGCUUCAAUCUGAUUUUUAUUUUAACAUUUUCGACUGUAAAAAACAUUUUACUCUCCAGACAAUAUUUUGGGACCUGCCUAGAUUAUCAAAUAUAUCGCAAGACGAGUGGAUUUCAAUUUCGUAUUUAAAAUCGAUAGUAAAUGUUGAGAAUAUUGGAAUACCUUUAGGCGAAAAGAGUGAAUUAAUUGAAUGCGAAUCUCCUUCCUGGGUCUUGAAAGCUUCCGAAAUAUCCGUGAGGGAGGAGAGCACGAGCAUACAAAAGAAAUUCGUCCCUUGGAAAGGCAUGCUUUCAGAGCUUGAACUAGAGGAAACGCGUAAAAACCGAAAAGAAGGCGGUAUGAUUUUGGUCACAAGUCUGAUCGACAAAUCCGCCAACCUCGGCGGCCUGGCCAGAACGUGCGAUAUCUUCGGUGUGAAAGAGUUGGUCGUGGGAAAUUUAGAACUGACAAAAGACAAAUCGUUCACAAGCCUCAGCAUGACAGCAGAAAAACACAUUAACAUCACAGAGGUGAAAGCACGCAAUUUAACAGAGUAUUUAACAAAUCUUAAACAAGAUGGAUAUACAGUUGUCGGCGCUGAGCAAACGACAACAAGUGUGUUUUUAUCUGAGUAUAAAUUCCCCUAUAAAACUCUUCUCGUCCUCGGAAAUGAAAGAGAAGGUAUUCCUGCUGAUAUUAUAUUACAUUUAGAUGCUUGCGUUGAAAUCCCACAGUUCGGUGUGAUCAGAUCUCUCAACGUGCAUGUCUCGGGUGCCAUAUUCCUUUGGGAGUAUGCAAAACAACAUUUAUGUUCCAAAAAAUAAUCAUUUGUAAAUUUCUUGUACAUAGUUUUAUUUAAUUUAUUGUAAAUAUGUGGAUAAGGCUUUUUU